UGAACUUUUUAUAUUAUAAAGAUAAAGACAAUGUACUGUAGUCUUUCUAAGUUUCUAUAUUAGAGACAAAGCAAUGUGUUGUCAUGAUGUAAGAAACGUGUAGGUGUUGUUUGUUUACUUUUCCCCACUCUCUAUAAUAUAAGGCUAAGUGUAGUGGUCAUUAAAAGAAACAGAAGAGGUUUGUGAUCACAACAGAUGAUGAGUUUGGAAACCAAACCAGCUCUUCAGCUCCCGGUCAUUGAUUUCACAAGCCGAGAUCUAAAGCCAGGAACUGUCGAGUGGGAGUCGGUGAGAGGUGAUGUGAGGAGAGCUCUGGAAGAAUACGGAUGCUUCGAAGCCUUGUUCGAUAAAGUCACUGUCGAGCUUCGGAAGGCGGUCUUUGAGGCCUCGGAAGACCUUUUCGGGUUACCAAUAGAGACAAAACAGAGAAUUGUGUCUGAUGUUAAGUACAGAGGAUAUGUUGGUCAGAAUCCUACAACUCCUCUGUAUGAAGGAGUAGGUAUUGACGUUGCAGACAAUGAAGAGCAAGUCAAAGCCUUUACUCAGAAGCUCUGGCCUCAAGGCAACAUGAGUUUCAGUGAGACGGUUCUGUCAUUUACCAAGCAUGUAUCAGAACUGGACUUCAAGAUCAGGAGAAUGGUUAUGGAGAGUUUCGGGAUAGACGAAAACUACGUAGACAAACAUCUGAAAUCGACGAAAUGCCUAAUGCGGAUGAUGAAAUACAGAGGAGUGGAUGAAACAGAGGAGGAGUUAGGCAUGGAGGCUCAUACAGAUAGGAAUGUUCUCACCAUAGUUUGCCAGAACGAUGUAAUAGACGGACUAGAAGUGAAAACCAAAGACGGUAGACACUGGAUCAAAGCCAAUCCUUCUCAAGAUUCUUCAUUCCUUGUCAUUGGUGGAAGUAUUCUACAUGUACUGUUGAAUGGCCGGGUACAACCCGCGGUUCACCGCGUGGUAAGGAUGGGGACGGAAACAAGAUACUCGGCUGGACAUUUCUCUAUGCCAAACACAGAAGAGUUGAUAUAUGCACCGGAUGAGAUGGUUGAUGCAGCGUUUCCUCGCCUCUUUAACCCUUUUGGUUUUGAAGCAUACUAUAAGUUCACCUGUGAGGGAUCUGGAAGGAGAGAUCUAUCUGCUCUUAAGACUUAUUGUAGCCUCUUAAAAUAAAUAAAAACUUCUUUCUGUUAA